AUGUUCAGCGAAAAGAGCAGCGCCUCUUUGACCCAGAAACCCAUCCAGAAGAAGACACGACCUCAGGGCCUCCCCUCCCCUGCUCUCUGCUGCGCGUGUGGACUUUGCAUCAUGCUGGCAGGGAUCAACAUCACGUUAGUGGGAGCGUUUGCGUUUGGGACCUUCCUGCCCAUGAACAACCCCCCCAUCAUCAUUGGACCCAUCUUGCUGGUGGUGGCCUUCACCUUCUUUGGGGCCUGCUGCAUCUGCAGCCGGAGGCCACCAGCUCACGGGGCCAGAAAAUCCAAGCCGGGAUCCAACAUUGGUCUCAUCAAACCUGGCAACACAGCCUUUGAAAUUGAAACGAGCGAGCACACAGUGCAGGACACCACCGCUGUCCAGCUGAGCCCCACCAACUCCCCCAUCUCCUCGAAGAAGUCCACGCCGGUGCACGAGAGCACGAAGACUUGCAAGCUCUUCACCAUGGAGGGCAAUGGGCCCGUGGCCAAGUACACGACAGGAGGAGAGGCGAUACAGCUCAACUUGCCCAGGGACAUGGCCGCAUCCUAA